AUGAGUGCAAAGGAGGAGCGGCCGACCCUUGCUGGUGUGAAUGUGAAGACACGCAAGCGGAACAUCGUCGUUCCCAGCGACCCCGGCUCCUUUGCGGAUGCCAUAGUUCAGAUCUUCGCGGACGCCGCUGACGAGGGAGUCUCCAUCGACAAGAAUCUCGACGCAGGGGUGAAGGCCCUCGACUCGGCGGACCUCGACUUCAGCCGCUAUGCAGACACCUUGUUUGAGGUGCUGUUCGCCGGCGGCCGCCUGGCCACCGGCGGCAACCUGGCCGACGACCAGAAGGAGCGCCUCGCGACCAACGUGCUGGCGUGCGAGCCCAACCCGGACGCGAUCGCGCCGUUUGUGAAGGUGUUCCAGUCCCUCAUCAGGCGCCGCCCCUUCCUGGUCAAGGGCCUGGAGGCGACCCUGAACAAGUUCAUCCUGUCGUUGGAGUUUUACACCGAGGAGGGCCGCAAGAAGAUCGCCACCAGUGAGGACAAGGGCGCUGGUGCUGACGUGGCGUGA